AUGUACAAAGUAAAACCUCCCUUUCCUCAGAGGUUGGCCAAGAAGAAUGAUGAUGCUAAGUGUCAAAAGUUCUAUGAUCAGUUGAAGCAGUUAACAGUGAAUUUUCCAUUCUUAGAUGCUGUCAAAGAGAUGGCAGGAUUUUCCAAGUUUGUGAAAGACCUGCUUACGAAGAAGAGGCUUCAUGCAUUCGCUCGUGCUCUGUAUGAUAAUGGGGGGAGCAUCAAUCUACUGCCCCUUGCUAUUUUUAAGCAAUUCGGGUUGGGAAUGCCUAGACUAACUUCUAUGCGAUUACAAAUGGCGGACAGAUCCAUCAAGAAGCCAGUUGGGGUUAUAGAUGAUGUGUUGGUACAAGUGGGUAAGUUCAUGUUGCCUGCUGACUUCGUUAUUCUGGAUUGUGCGGUUGAUAAAGAUAUUCCCAUCAUCUUGGGAAGACCAUUCCUUGCCAUGGGCAGAGUGCUUAUGGACUCUGAAAAGAACGAAAUCAAGUUCCGAGUGAAUGAUGAAGAGGUGACUUUUCAAGCAAGUAAGGGGAUGAAGUUGCCAAGUGCUUAUGAGAAUAUCUCGGUUAUUGAUUUGUUUGAUGGGAUUGAUGAUCUAGAAGAGGACAGCAAGCCGAGUGUUGAACAUCAGCGGAGAUUGAACCAAAACAUGCAAGAGGUCAUGAAAAAAGAGAUCAUAAAGUGGUUAGAUGCUGGGGUAGUGUAUUCGAUUGCAGACAGCAAGUGGGUGAGUCCUGUUCAAUAUGUUCCAAAGAAAGGAAGUAUCACUGUGGUGCCCAAUGCAAAGAAUGAGUUGAUUCCCACUCGUACAGGCCAUUCGGAUGGCGUGUUUGUGGACUAUAGGAAGCUGAACUCGCCUACUUGUAAAGACCAUUUUCCAUGUCGUUCAUUGAUCAAAUCUUUGGAUAGGCUUGCUGGGAGCUCUUACUAUUGCUUCCUAGAUAGGUAA